AUGGAGGAAUCUACUUAGGCUAUGCGCUUAAAGAUUAAAGUAUCCUACUUAUUUUAUUUAGUCUUCAUUUAAUAGAAUUGAGGAUUCGAUUGAUGAUAUCUAGGAUUGUUUUAAAACAAUAUAUCCUUUGUAAUCUAAAGAACCAACCAUUUAUAAAUUUAAUAAGCCCUGUUGGCCAGAAGUGUAUAAUGAACAAUUUAGUAACGAGCUAAGUCAAAAAGUCACCAAGUCUGCUUUAAAUGUCUGCAAUCAACUAAAGAAAUAAGAGGAAAUUUUAAUUAAAGAAUAAAAGAAUUAAUAAACUUAAUAUGAUGAACUAAAACAAAAACAUAAUGAAGAGAUUAAAAUAAAACAAUAAUUGGAAACCUAAAUCAAAAACUAAAAUUAAGAAAUUUAGUAAUUAAAUCUGAAAUCAACCUUUGAAUAAUAGAAGUAAUAAUCUCAAUAUGAGGAACUAAAA